AGCGAAGGCCUUCUCCGUAAUACGGGACGACGAAUACCCUACUUACCGUAGUUCUCACUCAGAACUGUAGUGAAAAUUACAUCACCUAAUGGUUGUGGCCUUCAUCCACACAUGUUCACCGCUGAUCCCUGAAUGAGUGACGAGCGUGGACUGCGCACCAAGGGAGCAGCCGCCAGCCAGCCAGCCACUGAACCAACCGUCCCUAGUUUGUUUACAUCGGUGAGUGUGGCAGUAUGAGGGGGACAGCUCUCAUCUCAUUCCUGAUUUUAUUCUUAAUUUCAUUCUUCAGCAUCAAUGGAUCCUCUGCCAGAAUCAAGCAAGGAAAGGAAACAUGGGGUUAUGUGAAUGUGCGGGAAAAAGCUCACAUGUUCUUUUGGCUAUAUUACACCACUGCUGAUGUUGACUACAAGCUGCGCCCCUUGGUGAUGUGGCUACAGGGUGGCCCAGGAGCAUCAUCUACUGGCAUUGGCAAUUUUCUGGAGAUAGGACCACAGAACCAGUUCCAAAAGAACAGAACAAAUGCUUGGACUGAGGAAGUGAACAUUCUAUUUGUGGACAACCCUGUAGGUACCGGCUACAGUUAUGUUGAAGACCCAAAACUUUUGGCUCGGAACAACACAGAUAUUGCUAAUGAUUUGCUGACAUUCAUGACAGGAUUCCUUACAAAAGUUCCAGAGUUUGAGACUGUCCCAUUUUACAUCUUUGCAGAGUCUUAUGGAGGCAAAAUGGCUGCCAAAUUUGCACAAACACUCAGAAAGGCAGUUCAGCAGAAGAAGAUUAGGUGUCAAUUGGCAGGAGUUGCUCUUGGGGAUUCCUGGGUGUCACCUGUAGAUGCUGUGUUGUCUUGGGGACCUUACCUCUAUGCUACGUCGUUGAUCGACUCUGCAGGACUGGGCAAGGUCAGCAACAAGACUAAAGCAGUUGCUGAUGCUGUUUCUGCAGGAAAAAUGGCACAAGCUACCAAGCUUUGGGCUGAGACAGAAGAGCUGAUAGAAAAUGUAACUAAUGGAGUUAAUUUCUACAACAUUCUUAAGAGUCCACACAAAGAUAACUCCUCCAACUCAAUUACAGUAUUAUCUGGACACCAGAUCACUUCAAAGAAUCAUGAUUACCUCUACAAUCACUAUGUGGGACAGCCCUCUUCAGUAUUGGAUCAUCUGAUGAAUGGGCCAAUAAGAAACAAACUAAAGGUAAUCCCCCAGAAUGUGACUUGGGGAGGCCAGAGCCAGUUGGUAUUUGAGGCCCUCUCAGCAGAUUUCAUGAAUCCAUCUGUCAAAAAUGGGGGGUACUGUUUUUUAUAUUGUAUGCCGUAAAAUAUGGUAACUGAUUGAUUUAAGGUUAAACACAGAAAAUAAUAUAAAAAAUAAAAAUUACAAUUAAUUUCUGAUCCUGUACUUUACUAAAUGCACUUACAGAACAUCCCACACCACCACCACAACACAUCCUUAUGCUACUCUUGUCAGAACAAACCACCAUUGCCUUAAAAUGAAUAAAAAUAAAAAUUUUCUAAAGUAAAAUAUAGUUUGCACUGAAAUUCUACAUUAACUAGACAUACCAUAAUCUCACAGGUUUCCAUAUCAUAAACUCAUGAAAACAGAAGUGUCCAAUAACUAAUGCUUUCUACAAUCCUGGCUUAAUAUUGCUAGGCUUACCUUGUAGACACAACCUAACAUACAAAAUGAAUUCUCUGUUAACCCACCUGAGUCAGGUUGUUACCCUGAUUUGACCAGUCACUUUUGCGACACUCUUGGAGAACUGUGCUAUACUUCUUACUCCCUCUCAACUCUACACACCUGCCCUCCACCCACACCCUCACCAAUCAAGGUCAAGCAAACAGGGAGUUCUGGUUGGCUUUAUUCUCAAGGUUACAAGUGAUCCUUUCUCAAUGCUGGUCAAGCUACAACUCCUGACUGGCCAGCAACUGGUGCCAACCCAACUUGGCUGACAGUGCAGACAGCAGGUCCGAACAACCAAAUAACAUAAAAGUGAACAUACCGUACAUUUCAGAAUAUAAUAACACAAUACAAAACAAUAAGAACAGAACAAUACAAUACAGUACAUAAUACUCUCACAACUCCUAGAUCUAGAACUGCCCAUACCCCUACCUAACACCCCCACCUACUCAUACCCCCUACCUACACACCUCCACCCACUCGUACCCCUACCUAUACACACACCCACCCACUCAUACCCCUACCUACACACCUCCACCCACAUAAAACCUGACUUCCCACAUCCUGCAACUCAUUUACACCUUACAUGUCCCACCCAAAUGUGGACUCUUCCAGACCUCUGCCCAUAUACUGUACACACCUAGAGUGGAUAUAUAUAUAUGCUGUUUAUAUCUUUUUGUUUAUUUACAAUGGGGCACCCAGUCUUUUCACCUAUCAUUAAUUAGGAGAUUAAGCAGUGCCAGCAUAAUAUUGACCCAAAUUGUCAUACAGAUAGAAGUUUAAGAGUUACCAGUGUCACAGAUUUCCCAGUCUCAGAACACAACCCUGUUUUUUUUCCAAAUGAUUAAAGGCCAUGAAUAAUGUGGUUGCAUAAGCAUAAUACAGUUAAGUGUUGCAAUACCGCUUGCAAGCCUUCAAUCAUGCAAGGUACGGUAUAGAAAUACUGUAAUAUUUAUGUAAUAAAUUGGGUUACAUCACAUGACCCUGUAUAGUAGCAAGUCACUCCCAGUCAGGAGUGCAUGAGUCAGUAUACUGUAAACUGUAGUAGAUGGAGAGGUGGUAUGGCUGCUAAGAGGUGGAGGAGUAUGUUUACCAGUUAGGGGGUGAAAAAAGUGUGAGAUGAGGUAAAAAGUUGAUAACAUGAUUUACACCUGUUGGUAGUGUGAGGCAAAGCCAAGCAUAUUGUGGGGGUUAAGCUACUAAGUAAAAUCUGGACAGGUUGCCAGGUAGUAGUGGUAGAGGAGCUAUUUGGAGGGGAGGUAAGCGACAUGAUCACUUGCAGGGUGCAGCACUGACGAUCUCCUUUAGACAUGAGGUCACAUCAGAGGAGCCUUCACUUUAUAGCACAAUUGCAUUCCAUGUGAUGUCAUUUCUGAGCAACUUUGAAUCAUUUACCAUAAAUUAUUGCACGAAUAUAUGAUAGUUCUGUAUUUAUGAUGUCUGAACACUGUGCAACAAAUUUUAGGGAAAGUUGUGUUUAUCUGAUUGUUUAACUUUUUUAUAUGUUUUCGAGUACGUUGAUUCCAAAUAUGACUAGUUUUUUUACAGCAUCAAUAGUUUUAUCAGAAAUUAGCAAUUAAUUUUUUAUCAUCUCUGAAAUUUAACCAGAAAUCAGAAGGUGAAAUGUUGAUAUACAUCACAUUUGCUAAUGAAAUAAAUGAAACAAGAGCACAAUUUUAUGUUAUAUUGAAAGCAUAAACAACACACUGCUUUUCUACACUUGUCACUAAUGAAAUUGAACAAUAAACUAUGCUAAAAAUGAA